GGGCGCUCCAUAUGGCCACCCUCUACUGUUUGCAGCGCUCCCACAUGCUCAUAUGGAUUGUAGGCAUCUCUCUGGGCUGCCUGGAAGUGCCCCAGUUGUCUCUUGCCUCCCAUUCUUUUUUUGUCAGCACAGUUGACUUGUUUCCGUGGUGAUGAGAAGCGACUAUUAAGUAGAACAGAUGGCUUCAGAUUAUCAGGGUCAGACUCCGCAAAUCCUGUUUUUUGUGAUAUUUAUUGUGAUCUGACAAUAGUCGUCUUUGAUACGGGAACCUGCUGAUAGAAGACGUAUCCGUCCUGCGAGAUGGGAGGAUGAGGUUAAUUGUUCUUAGACUCCGCGCGCUGCCGGUUUAACCGGAUUGCCCAAAAUGUUUGGGAAGAAAAAGAAAAAAAUAGAAAUUUCAGGGCCUUCAAACUUUGAACACAGGGUUCACACUGGAUUCGAUCACAAAGAACAAAAGUUUAUUGGCCUUCCUCAACAAUGGCAAAGUUUGCUGGCAGACACAGCCAAUCGGCCCAAGCCUAUGGUGGAUCCAUCCUGUAUUACACCUAUACAGCUCGCACCCAUGAAGAGCCCCAUAAAACUGGAACGGGAAGCAUCAACCAAGACUAUUGUAAGAGGCAGUAAACCUCCACAAGAUGCUUCCAUCAAUGGCUUACUAGAAGACUUUGACAAUAUAUCUGUAACACGCUCAAAUUCCCUUAGAAAAGAAAGUCCACCAACCCCACGCCAGGGUUAUUCCAACCAUUCAAAAAGUUACCCAGAAGAGAAUGGCUUCUUUACCUUCUCCCACUACAGUGAAACAGAAAUCCCCAGAAGCAGUAUUGCCGAACGAUACAAGGAAAGGAGCCUAAGCGCCGAGGAGGCAGAAGGCUACUACAGGGCAAGCAAGCCAACCAGACAUAAUGGGCAUCCAGUUAAAAUGAGAUCUUAUGAAGCGUACUUUCCUGAAGUAAAAAAUGUGAAGGCUGACAUGUUAAGUUAUCCCUCAGAUUACCACCCACACCUGGAAGCAAAAAGUAAAUCUGUUGAUCAGUGUGGAACGUCAUGGGACUACCACAGGGUCACUGGUGCAUCUCUUCAGGACUACAGGGACUACUUCCCACCUUCUAUUACAGGGACUGUCAUGUUAAGUGAGGGCUCAAAAGAAAGACUAGAGUAUAGUGAAUGGGGAGAUGGGCUUUCCAAGGAGGAAUAUGAAAAGAGGCCAAAGUCAUCCUAUGUAACCCAAACAAGCCCUCAACCAGCCAUACGACAAAGGUCAAGAUCAGGAUCAGGCCUUCAAGAACCAGUCAUACCAUAUAGUGCACUAAAAACAAACCAGCAAGGGCACUCGUUCGCUUCAUACACUUACCCCCGAUUGUCGGAAACUGCAGCAUGCAUUCCAAAGGCAGACUAUGAUCGAGCACAGGUAUCCUUGAGCCCUCCACUCACUGGAUCUGACACAUAUCCUCGAGGUCCUACCAAGCUACCUCAGUCACAAAACAAAUCCAACUAUCCCUCAAGCAGUUACCAGUAUCCAUCAAUAUACCAUAAGCCAUCUCCCUACCAUCAGCCACCGCAUCAUGGGAGCCCCCAUUACAUGUCUACAGGUUCUUACCCCAGUUCUCCAAGUACAUCAUCCAGUAUUUACCCUCCUCCCAGCUGGGGCUCGUCCUCAGAUCAGCAGCCAUCAAGAGUGUCCCAUGAACAAUUUAGAGCAGCUCUGCAGCUUGUGGUCAGUCCUGGAGACCCUAGAGAAUAUCUGGAUGACUUUAUUAAAAUUGGAGAGGGUUCAACAGGUAUUGUUUGUAUUGCAACAGAAAAGCACACAGGAAAGCAAGUAGCUGUGAAAAAAAUGGAUCUCAGGAAACAACAGAGAAGAGAACUGCUGUUUAAUGAGGUAGUGAUCAUGAGAGAUUACCAUCAUGAAAAUGUUGUUGACAUGUAUAAUAGUUACCUGGUUGGGGAUGAGUUAUGGGUAGUUAUGGAGUUCCUUGAAGGUGGAGCACUGACGGACAUUGUAACGCAUACAAGGAUGAAUGAGGAGCAAAUAGCCACGGUGUGUUUCUCUGUCCUGAAAGCUUUGUCCUACCUGCAUAAUCAGGGAGUAAUUCACAGGGAUAUAAAGAGCGACUCUAUCCUGCUGACCAGCGAUGGCAGAAUAAAGCUUUCCGAUUUUGGUUUCUGUGCACAAGUGUCCAAGGAAGUUCCCAAAAGAAAAUCUCUUGUUGGAACGCCAUACUGGAUGGCCCCAGAAGUUAUAUCAAGACUCCCAUAUGGAACAGAGGUGGAUAUUUGGUCACUUGGAAUCAUGGUGAUAGAAAUGAUUGAUGGAGAACCUCCAUACUUCAAUGAACCGCCAUUGCAGGCAAUGCGACGGAUACGAGAUAACUUGCCACCAAGAGUAAAAGAUGUUCAUCAGGUUUCUUCAGUGCUACGUGGAUUCCUAGACUUAAUGUUGGUGAGAGAACCAUCGCAAAGAGCAACAGCACACGACUUAUUAAGACAUCCAUUCUUGAACCUCUCAGGACCCCAGUCGUGUAUUAUACCACUAAUGCGGCAAUACAGACAUCACUAAGCUCCAGCCUCUCAGGGCAGGGCUAUGGAGGAAGAGGAUAAAACACCAACAAAUCUAGAAAACACACAAAAUGCAAAACUGAAGCAGCUAAUAAUCAUAACUGCCUAUAUUUCUGUACAAUGACUACGAGAUGAAAUGUUGGGGUGCGCUGAAACAAACCUCACUUUUCAUUCUUUUCGCUUUGGUUUCUUUGUUUUGUUUUUAAUUGAUUGACAAUGCAGACUUUUUACAAAGGUUUCUUUUGACGUAAAUUUAGAUAUUAGUCCCGACAUUUCCACCCCGCCCCCUCCCCCUCUGAAGAUUAUUUGAAACAAAGGGAAUUUAGUGUCAUUUAUUUGAACAAUGUAAAAUCCUUCUUUGAGGUAAAAUGCACUUUUUUUCAACAGUAGGAGUGUAAUGUAUUUUGAAAUGAAUUUGUAAUUUUCUGUAUAAUACUUUUGAUAAUUUGCAGUUUUUUGAUGUUCUGUAAACAUUGUGCCAGUUCCAAAACCAGGUGUAAUUUACCAAACAUUUUCAGAAAUUCCUACUUUUAUAAUCCUUUUGGAAAUGCCCACACCUCUGUUUCAGUGUCGACUGUCUAUUUUGCUUGCACAUCUGAAGACUAGAGUGGUUUGCAAAUAGUUAAAGCCCUUUUAUUACCCUUAGUGUUACCCAAAUAAUAAUAAUAAUAAUAUCUGUUCCAAAUAAUUACAGAAAAAUCAGUAUUUAAUCCAUAAAGUCUAAUACUAAUGAAAUAUGUACAAUAGUCAUCAAUAUAAGUAUUUUUAUGAUCCAUAUGUACAAUGGACAUCAAUAAAUACUAUCGGGGGUAUUUUUUUCUAGUGAUAUUCACAUUUACGAAUAAUUAUUAAAACCUAGUGUAAAGCUAAAAAGCCGGAGAUGCCUAUGGAAACUAAGUCCCCGAAGAGGCAUCUGAAACCUGAAAUCUUAGUUAUAUAGGCAAUUCCUACAUUUUUUCUUGUACCAGUUUUAACAAAUCUCAUGCUUUACAAUCUAACUAGAAGAAACUUUUUAUAUUUAUUUUUAAUGUUUUUUAUUGUUAUAUAUUUAUUUAUUUGACAUAUUUCAUUUUCUUAAUUUAAUGCCAUUUUUAUUUAUACCGAUUUAAUAUUUAUUUACUUUAUUUAUUUAUUUAUUUAUUUAUUUUGUCCUUUGGAAACCCAGUUAUGUUACUGUUCCCAGUUGACAGAAACUGUCAAUAUUUUAAGCGGGUAUUUUUCCAAAUUUACCGAAUAUUUUCAUUGUAAUAAUGUUGUAGGAUGUGUUUGACUCAAUACACUUGUGCUGCUGUCUUUCAUUUUUUUUUUUAUGUCAAAAAAAUGGAUGACAAUAAUUUUAUGUUGCUUGUUGAAUGAACUUGCAUGUCAAUCUUAGGCCUAGAUAGCUUUGUGUUUUGCAGCCACUUGAUUCAUAUUUAUUUCAACGCAAAAUAAAAUUUAUUUAUUAAUGAG